GUACGUAAGUAGUCGAUCUUAAUUAAUCAAGCAUUUAUUUCUCCUACCUAUACAUUUCUCAACGUACAUACUAAUAUAACAAAAAUAAUAAGUAUAUUCAAGUUAUUACAUGUGUAUUCAAGUGUUUUACAUUACUGAGUGUUUUACAUUACAUUUUUUAAAUCAGUAAAAUGGUUAAAACUAUGUGGUUGUAACUAAAUUGUUUUAUGAAUAUCAUGUAAAUUAGACUACUGCUACUAUGAAAAUUAUGGGCAUGUGAUCAGUUGUAUUGUGGGAUGCUUUUUGUUUUAUGACUGGAAAUACAGCAAUACAAAUAAAUCAUUAUUAGUAUUUUUUAUACUACGUGAAAACCAGAUUUUUCUCUCGAUUAUUACAAUUGUGAUACUAGAGAGUAUUUCAAUUAAUGCAACGACUUGAUCAGCGUACGGCAAUAAAAUCACAGUUUAACUCGUGCAUAGGAAGUUAUAAAUGUCUAUUCCAGCUGUUUCUACGUCUACUUUUUAAAAUAAACAAAAUGACAUUUGAUCCAACCAAAUCGAUUCCUGCAUUUUACGCUGGACAAAGUAUACUUUUGACAGGUUCGACAGGAUUUCUAGGUAAGGUGUUUAUUGAAAAGGUACUACGAUCUUGUCCGGAUGUUCAUGAAAUAUUUUUGUUGAUGCGACCAAAAAAAGAAUUAAAUAUUAAUAAAAGGCUCGAAAAAAUAUUAAAUUUACCGUUAUUUGACAAAUUGCGUGAAGAGCAACCUUCAAAUUUCGAGAAAUUAGUUCCAAUUUCUGGCGAUGUUAACGAGAAGGGAUUAAAUUUGUCAGUUGUAGACAGGCAAAUGCUAAUUGAAAGAGUAACUAUAAUAAUCCACGCAGCAGCGAAUGUAAAAUUUGAUAUCAAUUUAAAAGAUGCUAUAUUCGCUAAUACAAGAGCAACAAGAGACAUCUGUAUUUUAGCUCAAAGUGUAAAGAAUUUAAAAGCUUUAUUAUACGUUAGUACAGCGUUUACACACGUAAACGAACCAUUUCUAGAAGAAAAAUUGUAUCCACCAAUAGCUAACUGGCAAAAGAUAAUCGAAAUGACUGAAAUAUUGGAUGAGCAUACUUUAAAUGUUUUUACGGCUAAAUGUUUGGAUUACUCUCCUAACACGUAUAUUUUUUCAAAAAACCUAUCGGAAAGCAUAAUACAAGAUUAUUCUUCUUUUAUUCCUUGCGCAAUUGUAAGACCUUCCAUUGUGAUGCCAACGUUAAAAGAACCAUUUCCAGGAUGGAUAGAUAAUAUUUAUGGUCCAAUAGGACUUUUCAUUGGUGGCGGAAAAGGAAUAGUUCGAGUAGCUUGUUUGAAUGAAUCUGUUAAUGAAGAAGCAGUACCAGUAGAUACUGUUAUUAACGCUGUAAUAAUCGCAGCUUGGAAACUAGGAUUAACAACUUCUGAAAGAGAUUCCACCGUUUUUGUUUUAAACUGCACAAAUCAGAAACUGUUGACAUAUAAAGAAAGCAUAAAGUUAUUAUUCAGUGUUAACAAUGAGGUGCCUAUGGAAGGAAUUGUCUGGACUCCUCAUACAAUAUUUACUGACAGCUUUGUUUUAUUUUAUAUACUAACAAUAUUAUUGCAUAUUCUACCAGCUAUAUUAGUAGAUUUGAUUUUAAAAUUUUCUGGACGCCGACCUAUGCUACUACGACUGCAGAGAAAAGUAUAUGUGGCUAAUUGCGCUGUAAGUUAUUUUUCAUUCCACAACUGGAAAUACAGCAAUGCAAAUAAAUUAGCUCUGAUGUCCACUAUACCUCCUUGUAACCAGGAUAUGUUUUCUCUCGAUUAUUCUUCUUAUGAUAUUAGAGAGUAUAUUAUGAAUGGUAUUAUUGGUGCCAAAAAAUUUCUUCUUCACGAAGAUAUGAAUCGAUUGGAUGCAGCAAGAGCACAUUUCAAAAGAGUAUAUGUAUUCGUCACAGUACUGAAAACUGUCAUCUAUGUUGUUGUAUUGUGGUUAAUGUAUAAGUGGCUAAAUUCUUAUAUGUUAUAAAAUUGCUCAUUUAUUUACGUUUAACAAAUGGUAAUGUAUAAUGGCCAUACAGAGAAUACGGGCAAUGGCUAUAAUUUUUACAAUAAUUGCUAACUAAUGUAUUCUUGUAAUUUUUUCCAAGAUAAUCGAUUUACUGUAGUUUAUGAGUGUAUACUAUUUGGAAUAACAAUAUUGUAGAUGUUAUAUCGCA